AAUCCAAGGCCACUCCCACCCAAUCUAAGUCCGUCUUGGAGACAGGAAUGGUCCACUAGGCCCACCACCAAUCUCCGCUUCAUUGGACAUCUGGAACUCAUCCCACAUCUCAAAGAAGCUCUCCCUAGUCAGACCUGCCUCCAGUGCAGCAGAGAAAGCAGCAGAAGCAGAGCUGCUCUUGCCAUUAGCCAGGAUCCAGUCCUUCACAAAGGUGGGCAUGGUGUGCAUGCACUUGUGAGCGAUGUGGCCAGUGCGUCCACAGCGAUGGCAGCCCCUGGUGGUAGGGUCACACCAACGAAAACCUUGGGAAUCCAGCGGAAAUCCGUCCCGGGCAAUGCUGCCAGUGAUGGGGGAGGUGUAUGAUGACGUGGCAGAUGCUGUGCCUCGACGUGGCGCCAAUGCAGCCAGUUGCCAGGCUCGAAAUAUUGCCAUCUUCAAUUUUGAGAACCACUCCAGGGUCUGAGCUUGAGCUGGCAAGCUGGGUGAUGCAGUCUUUGAGUUUGGGCUCAGGAGAGCGUGCAAGGAGAAUGGUGCGGACUGUGUGGAAGGCUGGGUGAAGAUUCAUAAGCAGGACAUCUUUGUGGAUGGUGGAAUCGAUGGAAACACCCAUGGCAGCCAGUUUCUUCACUGCAUCCCCUACAGCUCGAAUGUAGACGUUGAUUUCCUUGAUGGGGUCAUGGGAAAUAGAGUGCAGCUCGGCCCUGGCAGCCAUCCUGGUGCUCAUGCUCGAUUUUUCGAAGUGGGCCUUGAGGGCUGCCCAGGCAGCAGUGGCA